AUGAUUGUUGAGAUGAUUGUGGGCCUCCCAGGAAACAUAAUCGCUUUGUGGAUUUUCUGGUUCCGCAUGAAAUUUUGGAAACCCCACACUCUCUUUCUCUUUAACCUGGUUCUAGCUGACUUCCUGCUCCUCAUCAGUGUGCCUUUCCGCAUCGACAACCACCUCCGAGAGGAAUACUGGGUGUUUGGACCGGUCUGGUGCCGCAUCAACCUCUUCAUGCUGGCUGUCAAUCGCUCUGCCAGCAUUGCAUUCAUGACAGUUGUGGCACUGGAUCGCUACUUCAAAGUGGUCCAUCCGCAUCACUGCAUCAGCCAUAUUAAUGUAACUAAGGCGGGUUGGGUUGCUGUCCUGAUGUGGACUGUUGUGAUUGCCAUUCGGAUUCCACUAUUGACCACCAACCUCCACCAGCAGGAUGGCAACGUCUCCCUGUGUCGCAGCUUCAACACAUAUGAUAAAAUCCCCUUGGGUAUAAAGGUAUACUAUGUAGCCUUCGUUGCAGAGUUUCUCCUGCCCUGGUUCUUGUUGUUGUUCUGCUCAGCCCGGAUUGCAUGCUACCUGCACCAACGGCAGAUGGACAAGCAGAAGGGGGUACGGAGGGCCAUCCGAGCAGUGGGGGUGAUCAAUUUGGUGUUCACUAUCUGCUUCUUGCCAAGUAUCAUCACAGGCUUGGGUGGGAUGUACAUGAAGUAUUACCACCCCAUGGACUUAACGUGCUACAAUCUGCUCACCCAGCUCUUUAUGAUGUGCAUUGGCUUCACCUACCUCAACAGCGCUUUGGACCCUGUCAUUUACUUUUUCUCAAGCUCCAUGUUUCUUGAUGCCGUCAAGAGCUCCAUCUGCCACCUGUGCUUUAAGAAGAGGAAGAAUCUCAGACCAUCAUCAGAUCAUGCCAGUAGCGUAUAUUUAUAA